UCAAAUUUGUAAAUCAAAAAAUCACGCAGGAACAGCUGAUUUUGCAGUCAUUACCUAGUGUUAACAACACGCGCAAUGGGCAAAAGCGACAAAAAGGCGAAGAAAAAGCACAAGAGUGAGCGUAAACAGCACAAGGAGAAGAACAAAGAUAAAGUCAAGAAAUCAAGGAAACACGAGAAAGCCAAGAAACCCAAAGAAUCGCCGUCCGCAGCAAAUAAUGAAAUGGCGCCUGCAAUUCCUCCUCCGAAUCCGCCAGGCCAAACUGCAACUGCGGACAGUGGCAGCGAGGAAGAUUUCGCUAUACCAAUAGCGUUGAUGAACAGCAAAUCGCACGCUCCCGAAACGCCGGAGGAGUAUCAGAGACGCCAAAGCCAAAUUCGACGUGAAGUUGAUCCGGUUACGGGUCGCACGCGCAUCAUUAAGGGCGACAGCGAGAUAUUGGAGGAAAUUGUGAGUAAACAGAGACAUGGCGAUAUCAAUCGAAAGGCAACCAGCGGCGAUGGCGAAUAUUUUGAGGCGCAAUCCUUUGCAAAUGCCGUAGCCAGCAAGCGUCGCAGCAAGCCAAAGUAGACAUUUUGUUCUCAUUCAAUUCAACAAUAAUAGUAGGUAUAGUUAAUAAUUAAUAACUGUUAAUCUAAAUAAACAAAUGUGCAAGCAUUCGCAAAGAAUGUCGACUUAUAAGCUAUAUACACACACAAAUA